GUGGCGUGUGGAGUGUUGACGUGAAGUGUAGCGCAGAAAGUGAAUUGCUGAUUUGUGUCUUCCAAACAUUGACACAGAAGUCUAUAUGUGUGUGGUGGAAUGAAAUAAACCGUGCAAAACGUAUCAAACGAGAAAAUCUAAAUUUUAUUUGCCAUGUCUUCUUUGUUAUUUGCUGAAUUAGCGGCAACUUGCAAUGCUCUCGGCUUCUCUGAUGGCAGUAAAUACUAUCCGGAUACACACUGUAAAGAGACUGUGAGAGAUCUGAUUCGCUACCUGAGACGUGACGAUGAAAACCACGAAAUCCGCCGACACUUGGGUGAGGCACAGGUGCUGCAGACGGACCUCUUGCCCAUCCUCAAACAGGAGUGGAAGGAUUCUGAUCUUUUUGAUGUUGUCAUCAGGCUGCUGGUUAAUCUGACGAAUCCAGCCCUGCUCCUGUACCGGGAAGAGCUUCCUGUAGACAAGGUUUCGAGAAAUUACUACUUGCAAAUCAUAUCACAGUUACAGGCUUACAAGAAGGCUUUCACCGAUUCAGAUGUGUGGGAAGUAAUCAAGAUGAAACUCAGUAAACUCCUUGAGACGGAGUGGGAGGAGCGGGGAGAGGAGAAGAGCCUGAUGAUCGAGCGGAUGCUGAUCCUAGCGCGGAACGUGCUGCAGGUGCCGGCCGACGUCGCCGCAGAGAAGCUCUCUGAUAGUGAACCUAGUGUCCACGACCAGGUACUUUGGGCACUGCAUGUCUCCGGUAUGGUCGAUAUCUUCCUGUACCUGGCCAGUUCUGAAAAUGAACAACAAUACUACAUGCAUAUUCUUGAGAUAGUUUCCCUGAUGCUGCGAGAACAGAAGCCGGGCGAGCUGGCGGUCGCUGCACCUGAACGCAGCAUAGAGGAGAAGACACGGGACGAGGCGCGGCUUCUGGCAGUGCGUAACGAGGAGAUACGCCGCCGGCAGGAGCUGGAAAGACGUUUCCGAGGAGCCAGGCAUUCAAGAUUUGGUGGAACAUUUGUACUAAAGGACUUUAAGUCUAUAAGUGACCGCAAUUUGAUUUACCAUAAGCCGUUAAACAAACUUGAUGACUUAACAUUUGACCAUGAGAAGCACAAGGUAAAGACACCAAAGAAUCGCCAACCACUGAAGAGCGAAGUUGUCGAACGGAGAUCUGCGUACAGUGUUCGCCUCUUCCUGAAAGAAUUCUGUUCUGAAUUUCUGAUCGGAGCAUACAACACUCUGAUGUAUCAUGUCAAAAGCAACCUGGUGCGAGCUAAAACUCAAGCAAAUGAUGAGUCCUAUUAUCUGUGGGCAAUGAAAUUUUUCAUGGAGUUUAACAGGAACUACAAGUUCCAAGUGAAGCUUGUCAGUGAGACGAUGUCGGUUCAAACAUUCCACUUUGUGCAAACCCAGAUGGAAAGCUGCUACGCCAACAUGGUAUGCGACAAGAAGAAAAUUUCACUGUGGUCUCGCCGUAUGCAUGUGGCGCUGAAGGCCUACCAGGAACUUUUGAUGACAUUAGUAGCCAUGGACAAGUCUGACGAUGCAGUGGUGAGGAACUCCUCAAGAGUCAUAAAGAGCAAUAUCUUCUAUGUCAUUGAAUACCGAGAGCUCAUUUUCACAUUGCUGAUUAAUUUCUCAGAAACAAAAAUGUCAAGGGCCUACUUGCGAGACCUGGUAGUGACAGCACACGUCUUCCUCAGGAUGCUGGAGCAAUUUUCUGCAAAGGGAACAAUUGUGGUACAGAAACCAGUGAGAUCAAAGCCAAAGCGCAAGAAGAAGCCAGCGACAGUCACGGCUCCACCUGUCGAACCCAGGCCACCGGCAGAGGUCUGGGAUGAAGAACUUGGGCCUCAGAUGUCUGUAGCUCUACAGCAUACAACAGAACUUCCAGUGGCAGUGCCUUUUGAUGUAGCAUCAGAAAAAGAAAUUGAUGAUCAGAAGUCUGACUGUGUGAAGAAGAUCCAGCGACUUCUUAGGCAAAGUGAAUUUGAAAUGGCCAUAGCCCUGCUCAGGGCAGCAAGGGAAGUGUGGCCAGAAAACGAUGUUUUUGGUGCAGCUAAUGCUUCACUCACUGACGAGUACGAUAUCUUCAGGGACAUUUAUAUUGCAGACUUGAAUCAGCCGCUCGAAGAGCCAGCUAGCGAGCAACAGCCGGAGCAAAAUGAAGACGCUGACGAUGAAGAAGAUGAAGAAGAUGAUGAGGAAGAAGAUGCAGAAGAUGAGGGCAGCACAGCUAUAUCAGAGCAGUCAUUUCAGUUCAUGGACUUCAUGAAAAGGUUUGCACAUCCAAAUGUGGUGCAAUCGUGCACAAUAGUGCUGUCAGAGUUUGACCGGAACACUCCGACAGUGAACCACAGCGCCCUCAAAAUCCUGCACCGCAUAGGCUGGGAUUGCAAGAUGUACGUGCUCCUCUUUCAGGUGUCGCUCUUCCGCAUCUUCCAGAGAGUGCUGGACUCCAGCCUGCCUGAACACAAGGAAUUGGCAAAGUUUGCAAUUUUCAUAAUAAGAAAGUUUGCCGAAGUUGCAAAGAAUAACCCAAAAGUAUACAUGGAACUGCUGUUCUGGAAGACUUCUAAAGAGGCAUAUGAAGUUGAAUACGGCUAUGGCAGUUACCAAGACAAGUCAGCUGCAGCUAAGAAGGCAUGGUCAGAAGAGGAGGAGAAUGAGCUGCGAGUUUUGUACGAGGAGUACAUGAAAACACCAAACACCAAUGGCCUCGAUGUUUUGGAUUUCAUUAUGAAGAACAUGAUAAGCCAAGAUCGUUCCCGUCGUGGAGUUACAAAGAAGAUGAGAGAGAUGGGAUUCAUUUUGCCCAAAGCUGGCAGUCGCAAGGUCGGUGGCAGUUCACGACCUCCAAAAGAGUGGUCUGAAGCUGAAGAAGCGCAGCUGAGACAGUUGUUUGAAGAAUUCAAAGAUGCUAUGGAUCCUUUGGACUGCAUAUUGGCUCGACUGGAUGUGAAGAGACCUAAGAACCGAGUAAAGGAUAAAAUAGUCGAGCUAGGUCUCAUCGCAGACAGAAAGGAGCUUCGCAAGAAACGGGCACGCAAGUCUGACGGUGCUCCUGGAAAAAGUCGUCACAAAUCGAGGAACGCGAGCAACAGUGAAGGUGAGAGUGGCAGUGACCGCACCGGCGACUCCUCCGACUCAGAGUCUGACGGCAGCAGGAGUAGGAGUGCGUCUCCACCCCCACGUGCCAAGCAGCGUCCCACGGUGCCGGCGAAGAAGCGGCAGGGGGGCCAGGCAAUGGGGGCGGCGAGGAAGCCGCGCGGCACUGCAGGGAAGAGUACCAGGAAGCCGGUUGCAGUCUCUACGGCAGAGCUUGCCAGUAUACUGCGGGAUCUCGUGGAUAAAGGUAUGUCAGAGGCUCUGAAGUGGAUAUCAUCGAGCCUCGAAGAGGAAGCAGUAGACAGGGAGUUGACACCUUCGGGUGAUGCACUGCCGGUUCCCCUGCUGCCGAUCAACGAGGCAGAGAUCGUUGCCGUCGACGACCCAACGUUCCUGAAGCUGCUGUCGACACUCGCCCUCAAUCCUCCAGUGGAAGGGCAGGAAGUUUACUGGCGCAUUCCGGGAGAACUUAGCAGCGCUGAGUUGAGGUCGAGAAUAGCAGUGAUAAACAUGGCAGUUGAGGGGCGACUACCUCCAGAGGGUGAAAGCCAAGCGAAUGAAGAAAGUGCCGUACCAGGAAAUAGCAGGGAGGAUGGGGUGGAGGUUGACAGCCAGGAAGAUGUGGGGGCGUGGCUGGCACAGAAUGUCCUGCAGGGCUCCGGCGACGAGUCUGCAGGCGAGGAAGUAGCACCCCCACUUGUCAAUAACUACAUGACUCCCUGGAGCCAGAACAUGCGGAAAGCAGCGAGGGAGGCUGCACUGGCAGAGAAGGGGCUAAGGCAGAGUGGAAAAGAAAUUCCUUCAUCGCGUGCUGGCGGAAAGAAGACUAGAAUCCGCAUAGCAUCAGAUUCAGACUCUGAUUCUGAUGUGCCGUUAAGCAAUUUUUCUGACAGGGCUUCAGCAUUACUGUCAGGAAGAGAAGAGCCUGGAGACAUUGCAAGAGACAGGGAGGACAACAAGGAAGCCUCGGGAAGCACCAAACAUCGCCAGGGUAAAAGAUCGCGACUGUCUUCAGGUUCCGACACCGCUGCCAGUGUCCCUCCAAUGGGAUCGGGAACGAGCAGGGAGCCAGAACAGCACGAUGUGUAUGAAACUGGCAGCCAAUCAUCAAAGCAAGAUGUGAGGCACAGGAAACGCAGGAUCAGAGUAUCCUCAGAUUCGGAGACAGAAGAAGCUACACCUCUUUCUGCUUUGAUGGUACCUGGUGAAGAAUCUGCUGCAGCAAAUUCUCUUGAAAGUGGAACAAAGCAGAAUGGGUUUCUAGAUUCUGAUUCGGACAGUGAUUUGCCAAGGGGUGGAGGUGAGAAUGCUACCUCUGAAACUGCUAAGAGGACAGCACAUACGGACUCUGAUGAAGAAGGUAGGCAAGUGAAGAAGGUUCGACGGGCUGUCAUAAUUGAUGACGACGAUGACUGAACAAACUUGCAGGUAUUUGAACAGUGCAUUGUGACUGAUACUUAACAAGAAUUAUGACUGCAUCCAAUGUGAAUUUUGAUCAUAUCUUGUCAGAUAUUUAAUUGUAUCUCAUUAACUUCUUUGUAUUUAAAAAUUUCUAUCGUUUGCUGCAAGUAGUAUUUAUAUAUUCUGAUGAACCAAGGAAAGCAAUACUCAUGCUGCCUUGUCAUAGUAACAAAUGAUGUGUUCAGCUAUUCAGCAAGAUGCACCUUUAAUAGUUUUAAAUUUUUCUAUAAAAAUCUGUCUUAUAAUAAGAUGUCACUUCACAGAUGUCAUCACUAUUGCCUGUAAUUUUUAAUUUCCUCAUGUUGUCUGUGUUUCAUUAAAAAAAAAUGAAA